AUGCAUCAUACGGAUCAUUUGGAAUCAUUGCAACAAUCAUUAGGAUGGAAGAGGAAAUCAUGUGAAGGUCAGGAAUGGGAAGGUGAAGAUUUUGGACCGGUCAUCUGGCAAGAAUUAUCGAACAUGCGUCGUAAUUCGGUUAUUCUAUUCAAUAGUGAACUUUAUCCGACUAAAAUAUCCGAAUGGUCAUUACGAGCGGAACCAAGAAGAGAUAAUAAGUAUUACAUCUGUGUAUUAUGCAGAAGGCUUCAGGAUCGUGGUAAACGUUUAAUACCACCGGUAAAAUUUGGUCCACCGGCUCGUAUUUUGGUUCGUAAUGGACGUUUUUUGACUCAUCCCGACUAUCCUCGUACACCUCAUAUAUGUGGAUUCGGUGAUAAUCCAAUGUCUGAUCGUGCAGUUGUCCUUGCACGACGUGCAAUGAUUCGUGCACGAACAGAAAUUAGUGAAGAUGGCAUGACACCACGAGAAAAAAUCGAUCAAGUUUUAAUCAGUUUUAGGGAGGAUGAAAAAUAUUCAAAUUUAAGUGCUGAAGAAAUCGAACAAAUGGAAAAUAUGGUAUUGGGACGUAUACAUGGACGUAUGUGGUCAGAAUCGAGCUCUGUACGAUCACUAUACAUUAAUCGCCGUAAACUAAUAACUGCUGAUCACAACAGCAAACCACGUAAAGUUUACGAAUGUCCAAUGGUGGAUUGUGAUUUUUUGACAUUUGCAUCUGGUAUGAUCGACAUUCACAUUAACGAAAAGCAUCGUGUUGUGAAUGAUUCCAGUACAGUUGAUUUAGCAACUUUUGAGGCAGAAUACUUGGUUUCCACAGAAAGAAACAAUGAUGGAAGUGUAUCGAAUCUGUCCGUCGAAAUUCCGACAGAAAGUACUUCGGUUUACUCAACUGCGCAGAUAGAUUUAGAACCAAAUCCAGUUUGCGAUCCUGAAGGAGAUUACGGUCCAGUUGUAUACGAAGCCCUUUCUUGCCAACGGCGUAAAUCCAUCAUCUUAUUCGAAAGUAGGCGUUUUCCGAAUAAAAUUUCUGAAUGGGCCUUGAAGAUGCCAACAAAUGAUACGACAAUGUAUUACACAUGCGUACUGUGUCGGAAGCUUAAAGAUAAAGGUAAACGACAAGAACCACCUGUUCAAUAUCCUCCUCCGGCUCGAAUUGUAGUACGUAACGGACGCUUCAUGGUGCAUCCAGAUUAUCCGAAAACACCACAUAUCUGCGACUUUGAAAAUAAUCCAUUGUCGGAUCGACAGUCUGUUUUAUCGAGGCGAGUACUGGCUAAAAGACCCGUGAAUGAAUCGAUUUCUGGUGUCGCACUUCAGAAAACUUUGAAUUAUACCACUAAUCAAGAUGCGAACUACCAAUAUAUUACAAUCGCUCCAUCGGAACACUCUUCUUCGAACGUUUAUGUAGUUGAGGAACCAGGAACUUGGCCCCAGGAUCCGGAAAUAUCGUUAUCCGAUGAUAGCGAUAGCGAGUAUGAGGCUCUUUUAAGGCUUGACGCUGACCAAAAUAUCAAUGAAGUCACUUCUGCUACUACUGCUGCCAGUUCUGAUAUGCCUUGCACUUCUGAAGCUGAUUUUACGGCAAAGCGAGAAAAACUCUCACAGAUUUACAGUUGCUCAAUUGUGGGGUGUAAUUUCACAGCAUCAACAUUGGCAGAUCUCGACAUUCAUUUAGGAGAGCAUGAGUUACUUGAUGAAGAACAGGUCGUACAAUAUGAAAUUUUUGGACAGGCCGAAAGUCCAUAUGGAAGUGCCGAAGCUGUCGAAAUCAUUGACGAAGUGAGUCUUUCUCAACCAUUCAGGAAACGGCGAAAGGUGAUAUGUUCGGAUGGUCAUCUUUUAUUAGCAGCGGAAGAUAACGAAGUUGGAUGCAAAGAGGACUGUUUCGAAAAAUCAGACUUAUCAACCGCUGUGCCGUCAGAUGAAGGAAUCCAACGAAACCCGGAGGAUUUACGAGCCUCUAUCCGAAAGCAUUUACAGGAUAUUGAGCGCUCAUUGGAAAAUAUUGGAAUGAUGCAACUUUUGGAGGUUGAUGAGUAUUUGCUGCGAAUACAGCAACAGUUGUGCGAUAUUCGGUCAUCUAAUGUGCAGUAUUUCCACGAUACUGAAGAAUUAUUACAAAGCACAGAAUCUCCACAGAAUGAAGAAAAUCAUCGUUAGUUUUGAUAGUUCAGCGAAUUGCAACGUUUUGAAUAUGCUGAUGUAUGAUAUCUUUGCGAUGUAUAAAUGUUUAAACUUUAAAUAACGGAUUUAAACUUUAAACAGUAAAAAUUUCAAAUAAUAAAAUCC